AGAGCGCCUGGAGUUGCUGUUUAUCCAGGCUUGGCGAACCAACGUGGAGGGAGAGCUUCUCGCGUUUUUAUUCGGUAAAGUGUGGCCUGGCCACCAGGAACUCAUCACGCAAGAGCUCAUGAUCCCGGUAGCACAGCUAGCGGACGAUCUCCCUCUCGACAUCAUCUCGCAAGACGACGAACAUCCAGUCCCCCACGUACUUUCUCGCACAUUGACACCUUAUCUUCAGUGGUCGGCUUGCGUAGAAGGAGCCGCAGAGCGCAUCCCGCCGUCGCAGCAACAAUACUUGGAUCCCCGAACGAUUCGCAAUCCUGCCUUCUUCAAGCACCCUACAGCAGAGCAGUUUGCUGCCAUUCGAGAAGAAGAGGAGGAAGAAGAAAGCACCGGGAGCGACGAAGACGAAGACGUGCAGGAGGAAGGCGGGGAUAGCGACGAAGAGCUUGGUGAGGAAGACGAAACCCCCGAAGAGGGAAGCUAUAGCGAGCAUAGCGAGGGGGAACAAAGCGAAGAAGAAGAAGAAGACGAGGAAGGAGAAGAGGAGCACGAAGAAGAGCCUGCUGGAUCAGAGUGGGAAGCCGUGCCGGAAGAAGCGCUGCGUACGGGUACAAAGGCGGAGGAUCUCGAGGCGGCCCGCAAAAGAGAAGAGAUCGCGGCCAGGAAAGAGUUAGAGCUCGCAAGCGCGACGAGUCUGCAGAUCCACGACGACCCGAACCGAGAUCCGGAGCUGCCCCGGCCUGAAGAUGGCGACCUCGCGGCCACGACUCCGACCCCAUCAACGCGGCGACGGAGCCGAUCCCCCUCCUCCCCAACCCGUCCCCCAAGUCGCCGACGUACCGAUAUGGGCGGUCAGCCUUCGUCCCCGAUUACUCUCUCGCCGUCCCCUUGACUACCUCACCCUCCGCCAGCUCACCACCCCCAUCACGUUCCCCUCCAAUCCGUUUCCCCGCGA